AGGAGUGACUUUACCAGGGACGGCUUGAAAAAAAAAUGUCUUCUUCUGCUGCCGGUGAAGACACAACAGCAAAUGACAUCAAGAGGGAAAAUGUAAAGGAGGCGGAUAAGCGGGAGUGCAUCAAGCUUGUGGCGCGGGACGCGGCGGAGUUGUCCAUGGAGCGCACAACUCCCAACAACGACGCAGUGCGCACGGAGCUGCUGGUGAGCGCCGCUUCCUCUCUGGCUUUCUCCCCGGAGCAAGUGGCGUGCGUCUGCGAGGCUUUGCAGCAAGGAGGUAAUGUGGAACGGCUGGCCAGGUUCCUGUGGUCCCUGCCACAGAGCGACCUGCUGCGCGGCAACGAGAGCAUCCUAAAAGCGCAAGCGCUCGUCGCUUUCCACCAGGCUCGGUACCAGGAGUUGUACAGUAUUUUGGAGAACCACAGUUUCAGUGCGUCCAACCAUACUUUUCUGCAGGACCUCUGGUACAAGGCCCGGUACACAGAGGCGGAGAAGGCGCGAGGGAGACCCUUGGGCGCAGUGGACAAGUACCGAAUCCGGAGAAAGUACCCGCUCCCAAGGACUAUCUGGGACGGCGAGGAGACGGUGUACUGUUUCAAAGAGAGGUCCCGAAACGCGCUGAAGGAUCUGUAUAACCAGAACCGAUACCCCUCUCCUGCCGAGAAAAGAAACCUCGCCAAGAUCACAGGACUGUCUUUGACUCAGGUCAGCAACUGGUUCAAAAACAGGAGACAGAGGGACAGAAAUCCGUCAGAGGCACAAUCAAAAAGUGAAUCUGAUGGGAACCACAGCACAGAGGAUGAGUCCAGCAAAGGUCAAGAGGAACUGUCCCCUCGACCCCUCUCCAACUCCUCUGAUGGCGUGAUCAGCCACGGGACAUUGCCCAUUCAAGCAGGGCCUCUGGAUAGUGGGGUGGUCAUCCAGCAGAUUGGGGACAUAAAGAUCCCCCCUGGAUCCAGCAGUGGGGGCCUCUACAAUGGAAACCUCGUGAGCGGUAACACCUCAUCUACUGUGUUCCACAACGGUAGUUCGUCUUACCUUCACACACCCGGUAACAUCCUCUUCAAUGGGUUGAAUUUGGGCAUCCAACCUUUGGCCUUCAACCCUUUGAGGCCAUCUGGAGGGGUCCUACUGGGGAGUUCCACAGGAGUGGACAUGCAGAUGCAGUCGGGACAGGAGAAAAGCCUGGGCGGCUCUUCUGAGGACUCAACCUUGCAGUAUGCCACCUACUCUGGGUGUGUGAACGGGACAGAGGUGAAACUAGAGGGGGUUCCCACAAUGACUGCCCAGAACGGGGGCUCCUCUGUGCUGACGCUAAGCUCCUCAUCAGGUGCGCUGCAGCUGGGUGGCUAUAGCCUUGUCCAAGUACCGAGUGGUAUCUCUGACAACGAUGCGAGCUCAUUGCUCAACAGCAAUGUCAGUCUUCCACCUCUGCAACUCUCUUCUGUCUCCUCAUCUUCAGCAAUCACACAAGGUACCAUGCCUCUCAGCAACACAGCAGUGACUUCGUCCAACGACAGCUCGUUCCAGCAGCAGGACAAGGUGACCAUGACGUCGUUGCACAGCACCGUGCUCUACACCAUGGGUGGCGCCGGGCAGCCUGCUGUGAAGAAGGAGCCGCUGGAGGGAAGCAUGUACUCCCCAUACCACCACGGCCUCCACCUGGACCCCAACGGGCAGCUCAGCUUCUCUGCCCCAAACUCAGAGGAGGUUCCCUGCAGCCAAGGCCCCACCUCGACCAGUGAGGUGGUAGCUGUCAGCUCCUCCAGCCCUGAGCCGGAGGUCUACUCCACCCUCACCGUCAGUACGCCCCUGAUGGCCCAAACGGACCCGAGCAGGCAUCACCUCCAGCACACAGAUUACCUCGGAGGCCACGAGGUCCAGGGCGCCGCAUCCUCGCACCUGAUGGGUGCUGGCGUGAGCAGCGAGUACAUGAACCUAGCAGAUAACAAGGUGGACACCUCGGGCCCGGGCGGGGUCACUGACAUGGUGCGGGCGAUGUGCAGGGAGAUGGAAGGCGUGGAGGGGAAGGAGCUGGCCAAACUACAGACAGUGCAGAUGGAUGAGGACAUGGCUGACCUUUAACCUCAAAGUCUUUGCAAAAGCGCUCACAUCUGCCCAAGCAGUGAAUCUUUUUACUUUUUGUGUGUGGGUGUGUUUAGUUUUUUUUUUUUUUAACCACUUAUCUCUUUUAAAUGUUAAAUUAUUUGCAGAUAUUGUGUGUUCAUUUCGACUUUUAAAAUGCACUCUAGCCCUGUGAGUGGGCAUUAUUGUGAAAGCUUAUUUAAACGGACACAAAUCUCUCCUCACAAUUUAUGAGCGUUACUCGCGAACAGAAGAAGCCGCUGUGUGCAUCGUCUAAAUGUGCAUUUUCAUAGACAGCACCUGCUACUUCCUGUUGAGUGGAUUUGAUCUGUGGAAGCAGGUGCUGGAAAAGCCUCAAGUCAUGUGAUUGUGCAAACUAAAAGCGUCAUCUGGGUGAAAUCACAAAGGUCAUUUGGUAGGGGGAAGAAGAGGGAAACGCCUGAGUGAAAAUGACUGGUUAAGCAGCACAUGUACUGAUAGCAGGCCGUGAACAAAAACUGGUGGUUUAGGAAAACGUGCAACUCAGUAAGCACCUUAAGUAUUCUCAGUGCUUCUCAACUCCCUGCAAACCGUUUAGUCUUUGAUAUUCAGUUGUAGCAAAUGAAACAGCAGCGAUUCCGCAUGUUAUUACCAAGAUUAGAGUUAAGACGAAUGUGCCUUAUGCUACUUGGUAUGGCUCUUUUUUUUGGCCUUUGCACUACCAUGACCCCACAAUGGGCAUGUUUCCAGUGGAUUGAACGGUUUGAUAAAACUCAUCAAAUGAGGCAAAGAAAGGUUUCUUUUCCUUGACUUUGCGCACAAUGCUAUGAUCUUUCCAGAAUCAUUAGCUCCCGUGAUUGCAGCACUUGAGCAAGUUGAUUAAGGAAUUGAAGUGUCUGGGUUUGCAACAACCUGGAAUCAACGUUAGGAUCAAAGUUUUCAAUGACUCUCUGGACUCGGUCAUCAGAAGUGUAAAGGCACCUGACAGUUGCAUGAAUUUGAUCCCUGCACGUCUGUGCAAUUUCUUGUACCAAUGCCUCCCGCUUUUCCCCACUUGACGCCACACAAUAUAAAAUAAUAAUUUCGUAGCCGAUGAUGCAUUUGCUCUCAGAACUUGGCUGAUGAAAAUAUUCUCUCAUCACUCCCAGAAUCACAGAGAAAUUAUCUACAGCUACAGGUUGCCUUGUGCUUAUGUGGUGCAGAACAUAUUUGGAAUCUUGUUUCAAAGACAAUUAUUUGUAAAAUAUAUUGUAAUAGAUUGGUAAAAAAGUUGCAUUUUCAUUCCUUCUUAUGAGUUAGAUAAUGUAUCAGUAAAGUUAUGUUUAUGAAUAGACGUUACAUCUCAUCAUAAUCUAAUUUCAGGUUCAGAUGCCCUGCGUGAAAUGACACACAUUGACAUGCAGUGUUUUCGAAUAGGUUGCGCAGUGUGCACAACUAGCUCACGCAAGUGGAACGAAAUUAUUGCAUGUCAGAAAUUGUGAACAUUUCAAAAUUUUCUUUGCGCACUGGCACGCAGCCGCGCACAAUUCACGCACAGUUUACAACAAGGUUGCUCAUCGGCACACAAGAUUGUGUGCCAGUGCGGGGGUCAAAUUUGUGCAAGUGUCAAGGUGCCUUAAGUGUCUGUGUCUCAUUUCAAGGGCUGUAUCCUUCAAGUCUACAUUUGUCAACCACAUGUGUCAUAGUGGCAUGACGAGCCUGUCUCAUUUCAAAGGCUCCUUGGAAUGUGGCCUGCAAAGGCAGCCUUCUUUUCCCCUGAAAAUGAAGGAUACCACAGUUGUAUCCUUCACAGCCCAAACAACCCCAUGUGUCAUUGCAAGCUACCCCCCUCUCCCCACAAAAGACAAAAUGGUUGGCAAACACAACAACAACAACAACAACAAAAACCAUACAGUGAUUUUUGGGCUCCAUAUGGACCAUUAUAAAUAAGUAAUGUUUAUAAGUAAAGUAUGAAUAAGUACUGAUAAAGGAUUACUGAACUAUGCGUUACACCCACUAUAUUAGCUUCACGCACGCAGCUGUCAAGGUUCCUAGGCAACGGGGGUAAAGUGAGAUAAGCUAAUGACGCAACUGCAAAAUGUUUUGUGGAUUAAACAAGUCUCAUUUUAGAAUGGUUGAUUGGCAUCAGCAGUCUCGGAAGGCCACUUCUGCGUAGAAUGCAGCCAUAGAAUAAUGUGGCCCCUGAAUUUAGACGUAGUCUGUCUGUUAGAAGUAAAAGUGUGGAACGUCGUGCGGGAUUCACAUAUCUACAGUGACAUUCAUGCCUCUGGUUCUUCGACUUCUGAGAUAGAGAGACACCGAGCAAGAUCUUAUGGAGUCAUGAGGUUGCUGGACAAAAGUGUUUGGCAAUGCUGGUACCUUGACAGGAUAAUGAAGGUUCAAGUUUUUGGUAUUAGGUCUUUUCGGAGGAUCUUUCAAUACCGCUGAAAUGACUUUGGGUCAAAUGAGUGGUUACUUAGGGAUUUACUCAGCUACAACAUUUUAGCCAUGUGGUGUGUUUCUCUGGCCAUGAUCCACCACACAAGUGCCUAUUGAGGAUUCAAGGAGAUGGUGUAGGCCAAGGGGAUAUACACGUUGAACCUGGCUGUGGCAGAUUGAUGGCUACCUUUAAGAGUUGGGGAUGGAUUGGUUUUCUCCCUGGUUAGUUGCCAUCUAGGAAAAUUCUGUGGUGUGAUCGAUACAGUAAUACACUGCACCAGUGCAGGCUCUCAGACUUUACCUGACCAACAAAUGCACAGUGUUUCAGCAAUGAUGCAAGCAAAUUUCAAGCCUCAAAUUUCAGCCAAUGAAAUCAAAUGAUCCAAAGGUCACAGUCUGACUUGAGAAGCUGCUGCAGCUCAUAGCAUAGAUGCACCGAUGGUUUGGUGCUCCACUUUGAUGUGUCAUGAAUAUUUUUGUAUAAAUCCAGAAGAAAAUAUCUCCAGUGUGUCUGCUUCUGACAUGUAGAAGAUCAGACAGUGUGUAUUUUUUAACUCCUUUAGGGCAGAAGAGGGAUUGUGAAGAUUAUUCUUUGCAUGGCAUCACAUUUUGGACCCUUGUGCCUUUUCUUUAUGGAGCAAGCUCAAGCAAGCUCACUCAUAGCGCUCGUGUUGACGCGCAAAAAAUCUGGAGCUCAUUCGUCAAGCAUGUCCGGUGCUUCUUGUUCAUUUCUCACUGUCAGAUGUGACCGGAAGAGCCCGUUUUAACCUCACAGCCGUGUGAAUCACUCAUGUUCAUACUAGUGGAUUUUUUUUUUUUUUCUUUUUUUGUCCCUUUUGUCAGGAUUCAUGAGAUAAUCCCAUUAAUUUGAAAGGACAUUUAAAUGAUUACAAACAGACAAAUAGUAGGACGAGAUGGUCAUUUAAAAAAAAAUCUUAGUCUGAAUAUGUUUGUUAUCUGAAAUUACGUGAAUGUAUUUUUCUAAAUCUCCAUACUGCAAUAAAAGUUUAUAUUUAUAAGUUUA